GGCGGCGGCAGAGACGCAUCUCACACGCCGGAUAUGGUAUCUACGUAUUUAUGGCUAUGCGUUUAAUGCUCAACACAGACUACAGAGCAGCAGCGGAGGAUGGAGCCGAGUUAAAUGAAUGAGAUGCGGGCUGAUAGAGACCAGACAUCAUUUGAAUCCUGGCUUCGAGCUUGGCUAAAUUACGUGAACAGUUAAGUGAAUCAUAAGUUAAAUUGGCUAGUUGCACACACAUUAGCCCUAUACGUUCUUCGGUUAACACCGACGUCGGUGAAGCAGAGCUGUCUUGGAGGAUGUUAAAGCCUGGAAUAUGCACCAAGUGUUUUUAGUGUUUUCUUCAUAAACACCGGAGAUGAAGCUUUCUCUCGAAAGAAGAUGUCCUCCAUCGCAAAGCGGCGUUAAAGGUCUGGAUUUGCGGCAGUUAAACAACUCAAAUAACGUACCACACUUGGUUGUAUGAAUUUAAUUUAAUGGCACAGCGGACUGCUGCAAGAAAGAGCCAACGACUAAAAGUGGGAUUUAUGUUUCUGUUUAUUGAGUCUUAUUGUUAGUUUCUUUCGACAUUUUCUACUUGCAUUUAUAAAGGCAACCUCAGGAGCUUAAUUUGGUUUUAAACCACACUGCCUUUCCUGUCAGCGUUGCCCCGAGUUUAGCUCCGUAAUCCUCCUUUGUGAGUUUUAUUUAGCUAAGGGUUGCAACUACUAGUUGGCGUCAGUGCUACUUCGUUCAUCGUGCAUGCACAGACACGUUUACUUGGAUGAAAUCACCAAACAAAAAUGUACCAGAGGGCAGUACAACAACGCCAAGCCCAUGUCUGGACUGAGAAGAGCACCAUGGCUCCGCUGCCCGUGAAGCCACAACAACCACAGCGGCUUUAGUUGGACACCGAGCGGGGAUCAAAAACUAGCCUCCAGCCUGUUCACACCGCCCUCCAGAGACCACCGAGAGGAUCAUUUUCGACUCAACUGAAGCCAGCAAAAUCCAGCAAAAAUGGGAGAGCAGCCCAUCUUCAGUACUCGGGCCCACGUCUUCCAGAUUGACCCAAACACCAAGAAGAACUGGGUUCCCACCAGUAAACAUGCUGUCACGGUCUCCUACUUCUUCGACUGUACCAGGAAUGUAUAUCGAAUCAUCAGUCUGGAUGGUUCUAAGGCCAUUAUCAACAGCACCAUCACCCCCAACAUGACGUUCACCAAGACAUCGCAGAAGUUUGGCCAGUGGGCCGACAGCCGGGCGAACACCGUCUACGGCCUCGGCUUCUCAUCGGAGAGCAACCUGGCCAAGUUUGCAGAAAAGUUUGCUGAGUUCAAGGAGGCAGCACGGAUAGCAAAGGAGAAGUCUCAGGAGAAGAUGGAGCUCACCAGCACUCCCUCUCAGGGUGGUGCUGUAAAAAGGAAUGUGUUUUCAGUCAGCAAAGCUGGUAAAAAGAAGCAGGAGUCGGCCCCUGGGGAUCUGCAGUCACCUUUGACCUCAGAGAGCAUCAACGGUACAGACGAGGAGAGGGUCACACCAGACACAAUGCAGCAUGCCGAACCCAGAGCAGAGCCUUCCCAGAAUGCACUGCCCUUCUCACACAGUUCGUCCAACAUCAGUAAGCACUGGGAGGCAGAGCUGGAGGCACUUAAAGGGAACAACGCCAAGCUGACGGCGGCUCUGCUCGAGUCCACGGCCAACGUCAAACAGUGGAAACAACAGCUGGGGGCCUAUCAGGAAGAAGCCGAGAGGCUACACAAACGGGUGACGGAGCUGGAGUGUGUGAGCGGCCAAACAACCGUGAUUAAAUCCCAAAAGACCGAACUCAACCAAACCAUAGAAGAGCUGGAGUCGGCUUUGAAGGCCAAGGAAGAGGAGUUGGAGAGACUUAAAGCAGAGGUGGAGAGUGCCAACGAGUUCCAGUCUCAAAAAGACUCCCUUACACAGAAACUACAGGACGUGGAGUUGAGGAACCAGACGCUGGAGGCCCAGCUGAACAACCUGGAGCAGCGUCUGGAGAGCAACCAGCUAGAGAGGGAAGCCUUUCGCAGCAGCUUGCGUUCGCUGCUGGAGCUGCUGGACGGGAAGAUCUUCGAGCUGACGGAGCUGCGGGACACGCUGGGGAAGCUCCUCCAGAACAUCUAGAGAGGCCAACGCGUCGUCGCCAAGGUCACCACAGCCAGCGCUCGGGGGAGGAACAACCUGCAUGUUGGCAUUCACGUCGUCACUGACAUAUAACUUGAAAAUAGUUAUUUUUCCCCACAUGCAUACGAUACGUGUAAAAGUUUACACACGAAAUUAUGCAUUAACGGUACACGCUUGUUUUGCUACGUCAGAUCGGUACACGUUUACACACGAGCCAAGCAGAAGAGGCUUUGCUUGGACCAUGCCUUCCCUCCGCUCCACUCUGGAAGAUUCUUAACACAAAAAACUCAAAAUGAAUCCGUUUUGAUUGUUUUGUUUGUUACUUGAAUAUCGUUUGCGGGGACAUUUUGGGUUUUGCUCUUUCAAUCAUGCAAACUUUUAUUAAUUAAGGACAAGCUCAUUUUCACAUUUUCCUGAGCUUCGCUUUGGUGCAUUCUGCCGUCACCUGGAGCCAAUGAUUGUCGUCUCCCCAUCUUUUUUUGUCAUCGUCAGCCAAAUGAACAUUUGGGAGUCCAAUGAGAAGGACUCAUUUUUAGUUAUUCAUACUGUGGAAGGUGACAGGGCGCUUCGAACAUCUUAAGAGACAAAUGUUCCUCCUGUGACUUAAAUUCACAGAGGGACUGCCAAAAAAAAAAAAAA